UGACACCUGUCUUUAGUGUUAAGUGUGUGUGUUUGUGAAAGAGCGAUGUAUGCGGUUUGCAGCGCCUGCGUGUCUUUUGUUUUAGUUCCGUGUGACACUGUCUUUGUACUCGUCUUUGUGGGCGUGCGCAAACUUUCAGGUGACGCACAAAAAAAGAAGGCAGCUGCGCAGAGACGAUGGGCUGAGAGAGGUCAUCCAAGACAAGAUAGCGGAGAAUGAGGACGACCCGCACAAGACACGAGCGCCGAAAACCGUUAAACAAACAGCCACAAUGGAUGAUGACUUUUGGUCCACUCAGCAAUUUUCCAAUCGCCAUCCCCAUCAUCCCGAAAGACCCUCCUUCCACCUGAUACCUGUGAUGGGUCCCCCCCCCCAGGACUUCCCUCAGCAAUUUGGGAGUCAAGAAAAAAUACACGUGACCUCCUUCUUUUCUGCAAGACGGAGCACAAACACCUUCGAGUGGUUGGAGUGCGGCGAGAAAGAGAGAAGCUGCGACGAUGCGGAGGCUGAAUUUUACAGCAGCCCGAACUGGGACGUCAACUCCGGUCAAAAUUUCAACCCUGAUUUACACAAGUGGAGCGAGAGCUGCGGAGAGCUGCAAAAUUGGGAUUUGGGUUCGAGCUGCAAGACCCCAAGCCCAUUGUCGGAGAUGCCCUGGCCGACUCAAAUUGGGACCCGCCAACUUUUACCCUCGCUGAAGUCAGCAACCCAAAAACCGGGCCCGGUUCUAGACACUUUCCCCUUGCAACCGAAACAAAGCAUCCAAGAAUCUCACUGGCCCAUUUGGGGAUCGGGGGCGACCAAAGUAGAGUAUUUUGGACCAGAGAAGUUUUUCAGUCCAAACACUUGCUCGUCGGCCGCGCCGCCCUUCCCGUUCUCUCAGCUGGAAUCCUCAAUGCUCAGUCCUCCCCUCACCCCUUUGCCUCCCCCAUCUCACUCGCCAUGCAUCCAGUCGCACUCGCAGGCGGGAGACGACAACGGGGCGCUCCACUUUUUUGCUUCCAAUCCGCAGCCGCUGCCGUCGCUCAACUCCUUUGGCGUGACGUGGAUGUUUCCCGCCGGGUCAAACGGGACCGCGCAGGGCAACUUGAGAUCUUCAUGCAACAUCCAAGAGCAGCUCCCCUCACUUGGAAAAUCCUCGAUCAACUCACGCAGAGACCCGAAUCACCCACUUCCAAGUCAUGCGACAGGAAGUGCCGCUCACUAUUGGAAAAGCCAAACCUACACCGGAACUCCAUUUCCCAGCCUCCUUCACGCUAAUGUGGAAAAAAGAGAUCACUAUACACCUCGACCCCUCCUCAACCCGGCUCGGGAAGGGACAGGCCUUUACUCCUCCUUCUCCUCCAUUCAGCAAAGAGAGCAGGAUGAUCAUGCUACUGAAGCAAAGAUCAACAUCGGCAAUGAUUGCCAAGCAGAGCCCCCCCCUCUCAGAUUCGGUGCCGUGGCGUCGAAAGGAACCUGGGAACAGUCUCUGUGGAAGCCACGGGAGAAGAUCACGGAGAAUCGCAAGGCGCAGGAGCAAGUGGAAAAGCUGCUGUUACUGAGUAACUCCAGUUGCCUACCAGGAGGGGGCAGCAACGUCGAGCUGGCGCUGCACUCUCUGCACGCCUGUCAGGGAGACGUCAUGGCCGCACUGGAGAUGCUACUGCUAACAGGGACAUUACCGACCGAGGACUACCACUAUGCUGGUAGCGACGCUUGGAGCGAGAGCGAAAAGAGCACCUUCAACGUAGCCCUGAACACUCAUGGAAAAAACUUUUCGCUCAUACACAAAUUGGUGAAGACAAAAACAGUGAAGCAGUGCGUGGAGUUUUAUUACCUGGUCAAUAAAAGCCAAGCUAAGCUGCACAAAAAAAAAAAGCUGAAUAUUUGUGAUGAGAAGGGCGGCGAGUCAGAGCAACACCAGAGUCAAAUUGAAAUCCCCGCCUCGCUGCCAACAGAGACACAGCCUGGACUGGAAGAGGCGGAUGCCGCAACGCCAUUGGCUGGCUCCUACCCUUGCACAAAGUGCGGCAAAAUAUUCACCAAGGUCAAGUCUCGCAACGCUCACAUGAAAAUCCACCGAAAGUCUCUCAAGGACGGGCCCAACAAGAUCCAAAUGGCUCCUGUGGUUGACUCGGCAGCCAACGACUUCUACCGUCCAUGCGCUUAUAAAGUCAAUCCUGGUUACUUUGCUUUGAACGGCGCCGGCCUGCCCGGAGCGUCCUCCUACACCGGUGGCCCGAACACUGACGUAAGCCCCAUCGUUGACGCCGAUGGCUCAAAACAAAGAGAACAACCCGCUUACGCCUCCAUUUUUAACCAAUCGUGGCACUCCUUUGAAGAGUUUGAAACGCAGGCUUACGCACCUUGAAUCAAAGUUGCCCGAUUUUUGAAAAAUCUAAAAAGCGACGUCACAUCUCAAUGUUUUCUCGCUUCGAGAUGUUCACGAUGCGAGCUAGAAAUCGAAAAUUAUUGUCGGUCUGAGGUUUGUUUCAUAUAAAUUCAAAAUGGACACUUUGUUUAAAAUGACAUUGUUUUGUUUCAAGUUGUUUCGGUAUUAUUCUGCCACCAUACAAGUCGUCUUUUGAAUUUGUAUUGUUUGGAUCUUUGGAUGUCAGAAUUGGCUGCUAAAUACAGAUUUUUUUUAUCUCCUU